AUGAAUUGGCAACUUAUUACUGAGACUGUACUAAUUGUCUCUCAAAAUAUCAAAAAAACUGUGACAAUUUCUUCAGCUUUGGAUUUACUCCAUCUUGCCACUCGUAGUGUGAUAAAGCUUCGAUCUUUGCGCAAAUACCUUCACUCUAUCUCGUUUUUGUCGAAAGAAAGCAGCUUGGAUGAUCAGAAAUCUAGUCCGGACAAUGAAUGGGUGAGGCUUCUCAAACCAUUUGAUCUUGCUGAACUCCGGGAAUCUCUUGUUGGCAUUACUCCUCGUCAGGUUAGCAGAUUUCUUGAACUCCCACUUGAUGUUUCUACUUGCUUGGAUAUCUUCAAUUGGGCAGGUGCUCAGAAAGGGUAUUCGCAUUCUUUUGAUGUUUAUUUUGUUCUUGUAAGAAAAUUGGGUGAAGCUAGAGAGUUUAAGAUGAUAGAAUUGUUGUUGAGGAAGUCUAGAGAUGAAGGCAUUGUCCUUAGAGACUGUUUGUUCAUUGUGAUAAUGAAGUGCUAUGGUUGUUCGGGAUUCCCGGGUAAUGCAGUUCGGGUGCUUGAUGAAAUGCGAGCGGUAGUUGGCUGUGAGCCAACAUUUAAAUCGUAUAAUGUUGCUUUGGGUAUUUUGGUUGGAGCAGGUUGUCACCGUAUGGCGGCAAAUUUGUUCUAUAAAAUGCUGCAUGGAGGAGUCCGGCUGACCACUUUCUCAUUUUCUAUUGUGUUGAAAGCGCUUUGUUUGAUGAACGCGGUAGAGUCUGCAUACUCGCUUCUUCUGGGUAUGACGAAGCAUGGUUGUGUCCCUGAUGCUAUUGUGUAUCAGACUUUGAUACAUGCCUUGUGUAAGCAUAACAGGGUAAAAGAAGCAUUGAAGCGUUUGGAGGAGAUGCUUGUCAUUGGUUGUUCAGUGGAUGUCGAUACUUUUAAUGAUGCGAUUCACGGGCUCUGUAAGUUUGGUCGUAUGCAUGACGCAGGCAAGUUGAUUAAUAGGAUGCAACUUCGUGGGUGCAAACCAAAUGCCUUGACGUAUGGAGUCUUCUUGCAAGGAAGGUUUGAGGAAGCAAAAUAUUUGUAUGAUAACAUGAUAAGGAAUGGUUGUUGCCCGGACUUUUACACUUACAGCAUCAUAAUCAAUGGCCUUUGCAAGGCUGGAAGAUUGGGAUCAGCCAGACAAGUCGGUAGGUGGGAGGAAAUUGAAGUGAUUUUGGAGGAAAUGUCUUUGAAAGGUUUGAGUCUGAAUACUGUAACAUAUAAUUGCCUUGUUUCUGGGUUGUGUAAGGACGGGAAUAUCAAAGAGGUCUUGAGGAUGCCCAUGUGA